AUGGCUUUUGUCUGGGUGCAGCAGUGGUUUGCCCUGCCCGUGGUUGUGGAGGAUCCAAUGGGCGAUGCGUCAAGCGAGAGCGGCCCUGAGCCUGCUCCCCAGCAUGCGCCCGACGCGCACCCGUUAGAAGUCCAGCGGCAGCCCGCCUACGCCUACAGCAUGCCUCCCGGCCAGGCCCCAGCCUCGGCGCCCUUCAACAUGGCCGCCAUGACUGCCGCCUUGCCCGACUACACCUCGACCAUGUCCCCCCACCGCACCAUCUCAGGCGCCUCGACCUCAGCUGUCGUCUACCAGCUGCAGCAGAUUGCCCAGUACCCCCAGCCCGCCAUGGCCUACCCGCCCCAGCCCGCCUACGGCCCCAGCUACGGCACUUCCCAAUUCUCGCCUUCCUACCCGUCCUUCGCUCCCGUCCAGCAGCGCCCCAUGGCGCAUGCCCAACUGCAUCAGCCCUUUGUGCAAUAUCCCCAGCCUUACAUGUACUACCCAGGCCCUUUUCCUCAGCCGCCAGUGGCUUACGGUACGAACCCCGCCUCCCGACGAGCGAGUCUGCCCACAGCUCAUCCGGCCGCUGGUUCCGGUCUAGAAAACACCCUCCGCACGACUGGUCUUGUUCCCACCGCCGCCGCACUGAACCCCGCUGGCGACCUCCAUGCGGCAGUCCAAGCCACCGCCAAAGCUGCGUCAGACUCGGGCCAUAAUUCUCUCCCGCGCGGUCCACCUCGCAAGCCUCGACAGUCUGGGCACGCCCUGUGGGUUGGUAAUCUCCCCCCGGGCACCACUGUCGUAGACCUCAAGGAUCACUUCUCUCGGGAAGCCAGCAAGGACAUAGAGAGCUUGUUUCUAAUCUCCAAAAGCAACUGUGCCUUCGUCAACUACAAGACCGAAGCCUCCUGCACUGCUGCCAUGCACAGAUUCCAUGACUCGCGGUUCCAUGGCGUUCGACUCGUAUGUCGUCUCCGGAGAAGCGCUGCUCCCGCCUCUGGAGUGCCGACUGGCCCGUCUGCCAUGUCCAUUCCCCGUCAGCAGAGUCGAUCGCCUGAGCAGAGCGCAUCUCCUCCACCUCCCAGGCCUGCUAUCCAUGACGCAGACACGGUCACCGAAACAGGGGCCAAACGCGCCGUUGAGGGCGAGGUCCAGGAAGAUGGGCCACCUAACAAGGUCGCAGAGAAGUUCUUCAUCGUCAAGAGUCUGACCCUUCAAGACUUGGAGCUCAGUGUCCGUAAUGGCAUUUGGGCGACUCAAUCGCAUAACGAAGAUGUUCUCAACAGAGCUUACGACGCUGCCGAGAACGUCUACCUGAUUUUCUCUGCGAACAAAUCAGGCGAAUACUUUGGCUACGCCCGCAUGGCCUCUGCGAUCAGUGAUGAUGGCAUUGACUUCAUACACUCUGUCCCCGAGACCCAAGCUUCGGAAGCAUCGGACACUCCAAAAUCGAUACCCACAGCCGCGACAGAAUGGGCUCCUAAAGGACGUAUCAUUGACGAUUCCGCACGCGGCACCAUUUUCUGGGAAGCCGAUGUUUCUGAAGACGAAGAGGAAGAAAACAAACCGGAUGGGUCGGUGCAACCGGUCGAAGCGGAUGGUCUUAACGCACCGCAAACCUGGGGCAAGCCGUUCAGGAUCGAAUGGAUUUCAACGAACCGACUCCCCUUCUACAGGACACGAGGGCUCCGGAAUCCUUGGAACGCAAACAGAGAAGUGAAGAUAGCAAGAGACGGAACAGAACUUGAACCGGGCGUCGGAAAGCGUCUCGUCCAAAUGUUCCACCGGCUCGGACCUCCGGCUGCUGGGACUUCUUCGAUGCCUCUUAUGCCGAUGCCUAGUCAGGUGGCUGGACCGCAGAUGCGGCCUUUCUGA